GCCACAUGUGAUGGGGACACUUCCUGUAUCUCUACCGUUGGAUGAUACGCACUAUCCGUUAUGUACAACAGUUGACGGAUUUGAUUGUCAUCUUCUUUGAAAGACCUUGCCUUCGCCUUUUUCCUCGCACCAUUAGAGCUUCUUGUUUUCCUCAGCUCGAUUCUCCGGUAUUCCGACAAUAAGAGAGAAUUGUAGAGAGAGAAAUGGAAGGAGAUAGGAGAGUGGGUGUGGCCGUGGAUUUCUCGGCAUGUAGCAAAAAGGCGCUGAAGUGGGCUGUGGAUAACGUUGUCCGGAAAGGGGAUCAUUUUAUCCUCGUUAACGUACUCCCCGAAGGAAAUUAUGAGGAGGGAGAGAUGCAGCUCUGGCAGACCACCGGUUCUCCUUUAAUCCCUUUAAAUGAGUUCUCUGAUCCUCAUGUCAUGAAGAAAUAUGGGGUGCAUCCUGACCCAGAAACAUUGGAUAUUGUCACUAUUGCCUCUAGGCAGAAAGAGAUUGUGGUGCUGUUGAAAAUAUACUGGGGCGAUGCUCGGGAGAAGAUAUGUGAAGCAGUGGAUAAUAUUCCCCUUAGCUGCCUUAUUAUAGGGAACAGGGGACUUGGCAAGAUCAAGAGGGUUAUCUUGGGCAGUGUUAGCAACUACGUGGUGAAUAAUGCAUCUUGUCCAGUUACCGUGGUGAAGAAUGCAGACAAUGAAUAGUACUGCCAAGCAGUAUAUGUUGCAACUCAAUUUCUCUCGCACUAUAAAAAUUAGAGUGAAUGUAUUAAACAAUCCGACUUUGUAACUUGAUGAAGAAAUUGGUUUGGUGUUUAUGUAUGUAUUGGUGGAAGUUUGUCUCAGUGUACGCUGUGUAAGCUAAACUCGUUGCCCAUUGUGUUUCUUGGUUCUUGUAACGUUGGGCUGAUGAGGGAAUAAAUUUGUGUAGUCUUCUUGAUAUUCUAAGAAGCUCUCUGAAUACCUUUUAUCUAUGAUAAAAUGUCUUGAAGUUGGUUUGUCGAUGAUAUUUUCUUGUUUGUUGUUCCAUGUACAAG